AUGAUACACAGUGAAUUAGGAAAGGAAGGGGAACAUGGGUUGUUUAACUACUGUAUCAUUAGCCUGUCAACACUAAUGUUAAUGUCUCCAUUCAGCUGUGCAACUGCAAUUGUAGCCUUAAUAGUCAGUACUUAUGGCCAUGAUUGUAAAAAAUACAACCUGACACCAUCAGACCAAUCUCUUAUUGAUAUGAUGAAGCAUUACCUGCAUACCUCACGGAAAGCUGACUGUCCUUUAACACCUCUACAACAAGAUAUUGGUGUGACAUAUGUAAGAUGGGGAAAGAAAACUUGUCCUGAAAAGUCGGACAUUGUGUAUACUGGGCAGGUCGGAGGCAACUCUUAUUCUAACAAAGGAGGAGGUUCCAACUGGCUCUGUUUACCCAGUGAUCCUGAAAAUGGUAAAGCGCACUCCUAUGCUAAUGAUGGACUAUAUGGUGCCGAGUACCAGAUAAACUCCAGCAAUAAUCCAUCCGGGGUUUCUGCAAAUUUGUAUGACAAAGAGGUUCCAUGUUCUGUUUGCAGGCGGAAGGGGAAAGUUUCUGUUUUAAUGAUAGCAGGAAGAAAGUCAUGUUACAAAGGAUGGAAAUCUGAGUACAGUGGUUUCUUGUUGAGUGAACACAAGAGUUCUAACUCUAAAGACUUUAUCUGUAUGGACGGAGACGCAGAACCAUUAGACAAUCGGUCCUCCAACGAAGAAGGUGCUUUGUUUUAUCCCGUCAGAGCUAAAUGUGGAAGUCUGAGGUGUCCUCCAUACAAAGAUAAUACAGAAGUGCUUUGUACCGUUUGUACAAAAUAA